AUGGAAUCAGAAAAAAAGAGCACUACUGAUGGGUGUACAGCUGUUGAGGGUGAGAAAUUCGGAAGGUAGGAUAAGUGUAUAAUGUUAUUUAAUUUAAAUCGGUCCGCAUCGAUAAAUCAUUGCUUACGAAGUACGAUUUUGAGCAAAGUUCAAAUAAAAACAUGUUUUAAAAUAUCGCGAAUUUUAACGAUUUUCAAAAACUUAAAAUGCUUAUAAAAAAAAUAAUAACUAUAAUACGCUUAACUUUUUUCUUUUUUUUUUAUCUAUCAAAUAAACCUAGAAUACACCAUUUAUUGAAAAUAAGGACGAUACAUAGGGUUGAUACAUUAAAAAAUAUUAAGUACUGCAGUACUAAUUAUUUCAAGUAUAACUGCAUCAAACUAUAUUUAUUUUAAAGUUACGAUUCCAAUUUGGAAGAUAAAAAAAGAAUAAUUACACGAUGUUAUCUAUAUCUAUAUAUGAAUUGUAAUGUAUUCAUUUUUAAUUUACAUUUAAUGUAAAUUGAUUUAGUUGAAAAAAGAUCAAAGUUUUAAAAAAAAAAGUUUAAAGCUAAAAUUAACUUAUUAUUUAACUUUUUAACUCAUUUAUAACAUAACGUUAAAUAUAAUAUUGUAUUAAAUUCACGCUCGUGAAAGAAUAAUACAAUUUAUCGAAUUUAAUGGGGUUUAAAAAUCGGCUGAUGUUGGCCAUCUCUCGUCUUUUGUAAUUUCGUUCUACCUUUACCGCAGUGCGCGAGAAUUACGCUAGUAUUACUUUUCACAAUACGAUUGCCGAUAAUAUUGUUCGAAAAAUACGAUUAAUCAAAAUAAAUUCCGUUAAAAUAUUCUCGCUACAUUUUUUUUGUGCGUUGCACUGGGAAAUAAUUUAUUAGAAUUAUCUCUGCGAAAAACUAUUUCUGAGCAAUUGCCACGCGUACCUAAAUCUUAUAUAUAUAUAUAUGUUACUGUUAAUUUCCAAAUUUCUACAAUUGGCGAAUGCUGACAAUCACCUAGUGUAUGUUUAGUGAAUAUACAUUUUCUAAAUUUGUGAACAUUGAAAAAUUAAUAAAAUGUAGACAUUUACUAGUGAUUAAAAAAAAAAAAAAAAAUGAUGUCUUUCGUUAGAUAUUAAAUUAUUAAAUUUAUUAUAAAAUACUUCACGUAUAUUUUUCAUUAAGAAAAAACAACAUUUUCGGUCAUUGUGCAUAAUAAUCGUACCUAUACAAUAAAAUAUUUUAACUGUGUUGAAUCUUGAAUGGCAAUAUCAUACUAAAUAGUAAAUUUUACUGAGACAACAUAGCAUGGCUGUUAUCGAGAUAUAAUAAAUGUAGUUGAGUAAGGUAAUAAAACAUUUUAUCAAAAUUAUCAACUAAUAUCGUUACAUAAAUAUCAACACACACUAGUGAAUGUUUGUUAACACAAACAGUACAAAUUUAAUCAAUAUGCCAACGUUCAUACAGAACUUUGGUGUAUGGUGACAUUAAUCGGUGACUGUCAGCACUUACCAAUUGCAAAAAUUCACGUAUAUAAAUACAUGACUAAUGAAUGAAACUAUCUACGCCUACCAGUUUUUUUUUCACUAAAAUUUAAAAUUGGACCAAUUAUAAAUUUAGAGUAUCUUUUUUUUUUUUUUAUAAAUACAAAUAAAAAAAAAAAAAAAUUAAAACACAUCAUAAAACUCGUGCAGUUUUCAUCUUUCUCGUAUCUUUCAUAUGAUUCGAAAGACGAACAGAAUAUAACUAGUGGUUGUUUUUUUUCCUAUAGAUUAAAAUAUUAAAUAUGAGAGUAAACAUUUAUUUGAAAUUAUUUUCUGCUCAUUAUUAUUUGUCAAAUUCGAGUUCAUAAUUCACCCGCUGUUCUGUUUUUACACGCACCCCGUUGUGCAAACUAUGUUUACAUUCGAAACGAUAUUACUCAUAUAGAUUGUUGAACUGAGUAAGUUAUAUUUUAUACGAUAAUAUUGGUUGAGUAUACAUUAUUUAUAGAUUUAGUUCUGUAAAAAGUAUCCGGAAACUAAUCAUUUUUUGUUAUUAUUCCAGUAGUUGUGGCUAUUUGUGAAAAAUUGAAGGUCAAGUACUGAAAACAACGUGUUCUGGGAGGGGGGGGAUUCAACAAUUAUUGAAAAAUACCCUUAAACAGAGGAAAAUCUAUUAAUCUUUUUUUCCAUCAGGAAAGUCAUACUUUACUUAUACAUUAUAAAUAUAUUUUUUAAUAGAACAACAAAUAAAUAAAAUUUUAAGUAAGACAAAAAUGUAUUAAGGUACCUCUUCAAAGGUAUUUUUCUUAGUAAUCGUAGGGUCACGUUUUUGAGUUUUUGAAGUUUGAAAUGCUUAAAUAAUUAUAAUAUUUUUAACUUUUAUUUUUUUAUGAGUUUGAUUAGAAAUUUUAGAGUUUAGCUAUUCCCAUUUAAUUUUCAGAAAAAUAUUAAGUGGAGCUCUGUUUUAUGGGUCUAGGAUAAAAAUGUCAAAAUAUCGAAAAACUUUUUAUAUAACUUUUGUUCGUAUGCAUCGGUUUAAGCAUCUUAUACGACGUGUAUAUUUGUAUGAUAUUAUAUUGUGUUUGAACUGUUUGGAGUAGUUGUGUUUUACACGGGUUGAUUUCAAUAGAAUCAUUAUGGAAUUUCUUUGUACUGACAUUGCGGUGUGUAUACACUUUACAUGUAAACAUACAGUAUACACGCGCAGAAUGUUUAUUUCCAAUGAACUUUCGCUUAAUUCGGUAAAUGUUAUGUGCACGUCAUGUUUUAAAUUAAAAAGCUUUUAUACUUGUGCGUAUCAUGUAAAUUUAUUUUACGAUUAAUAUUUGUCAUCCAAAACACGUUGCGGAACGGAAAUAAUAUUAUAUUAUUACGUAUGAACAUUGCGAACACAACCCGUCAUUAAUAAUAAUUGUCAUAUAUUUUUGAUAUCCAUAUAAUUUGUUCAUUUGAACUGAAAACAAAAAUAAGGUCAGUAUCGAAUCACCUUUUUUUGCGGGUAUUCAAAACCGAACGGGGAUAUAACGCACAUUAAUCUAUUUAGCUAUGUACUUUUAAAAUUAUGUCCUUUCAAAGGAGUUCUGAUUUUGGGGAAUAAAAAAAAAUCAUAUGAAUUGAGUAAAAAAUUAGAUGGUGAAGAUGACAGAGAUCACUAUCGUGAUGGAGUGUCUAUAGGUAAGUGUCUGCAAUAUCUGGCUUGACGCGAAUAACUCGUUCUGAACUUUUUGAGGAUUUAUUUAUAAAAAACAAUUAUUCGACAACUUGUCCAGGAAGUUUAUCCUCACUCUACGUUUUUCGUUGAAUUCGUUCGAUUCAUAUUUGAAAACUCAAGUCAAGGAUCAAUGUAUAACAAAUUUAACAUUUUGACUUUAUUUUAAUGAAAUUUUUGUUAUUUCAUGAUUUUAUUUUAAGUACGGCGAUAUAUUUUCAUAAUUUUUCAUUCGUCGUAAUCGUUGUGCUCAUCCCCAGCAACAAAUCAAAUUUUCUGUUUUCAUCAUGUCACUUUUCAUUAAUGUUUUUCCCAAGUGUUUUGCUUAUAAAUUAUUUUGCCUUUUUACACUGCAGUGACGAUAAGUACAAUUUUAAAUUUACAAACUUUAAAUCACUACAGUAAUUACCGAAUGCGUUAGGUAAACACAGAAAACAAUAAUUUAGUCGUCGCCAUAGUGUAUACCUAUAUUUUACGAUAAGAGAUAAGUGUUUUUUUUUAUAUUUUUUAUUAUUUUUAUUUGUCUUUUGAUUUCAAAUUCGUAUUUUAUCAAUCAUUCCUGUACGUAUAAUGUAGAGUAUAUUGUAAGACAUUUUUAAUGGUACUUAAAUUGAAUUCUGAACUCAUCUUUUGUGGUUUGUUUGCUUCUUUGACAAUACGAAUAUAUUUACGUACAAGCACUGAACAAGUUUAUUUUGGAGGGGGGGGGGGGGGGUGCUGAAUAAUGUUAAACUGUGAAGUUGUUUUUUUCGUGACAAAAGACUCGAUUGAAAAAACCGAUAGGUACAUUGAUUUGUUUAGCACGUGUUUUACAACAGAAACUUUCAACUUUCUGGUAUUUAUUUAUCAAUCUCACCCUUAAAAAAUAUAUACCAUUCGUUUCGAUUUUACAUACAAUCGAAAUGUCUAUAACAACAUUAUAAACGACGAUGCAUACGAGCAUUUUUUCCGCUGAAGAUAAUAACUUGUUGGGUUCAACGGAAUUGAAAGUGCUGUGAAUUAUUACCGAAUAAUGUAUACGAAGAAAUUAUACGCAGAAUCUGAAUAUUGAAUUCUAAACGCGGUUCAUCUAUAUACCCAAGAAAAACGAUACACCUUAAAAAAAUCAAAUCAACGACAAAAUGUUUCCAUUAUAAUCAGAGACUUUGUAGUAUUUUUUUUUUUUUAUCCGAUCUAUAUUAUAAAUAGUCCAACAAAUAUAAUGAUUUCCCGUAUUCAUGUGCAGAUGUAAUUUUAUUUAAAAUUUAAAAUUUGCCAUGUAGCUCACGUAUAUUAUUUUAAUAUACGUAGGUCCGUAUAUAACAUUUUUGAAUCGCCACAGGAAAAUGGUUUCGUUUUGUACAUACAAUGUCAUAAUAAUAUUACUGUAUAUAGCCGUAUUACAGUGACACCUUGCAAUAACAUCGGGAACAUAUGGUUAUUAAUAUCCGGUGAUCCGAACCGCCAUACAACAGCUCGGGAACAAAACGAUAUAAAAAAAAUUAAUAACACCGUACGUCCAACUAAAAUCUACUUUUGGCGACGGGAUUGCGUUUGUGUCUGUUAUAAUAAUAUUUUUUUUCAGUCCCGUAAUUUUCCUGACUUUCCGGUUUCUCGUAUACUUCCACGAAAUUAUGUAUGCAUCUCGGCAACGUGAAAGUUUUCCCAUCAUUUUCAAUUUGGUCGUUUUCGGCUUGCUAAUCUGAUCUUCGAUACAGAGACAGAAGUUUAGGCGUGAAGUUGAGUAUAAUCAGUGUAAACAAAAAAAAAAAAAAUCACCUUUUUAAGAGCGAAAUUAAUUUUCACUUAUACUUAAAUUUUUUUUUCUCCUUAAUUUUUUCUGUUGUAUGAUUAUUAAAAACUUUAUAUGUAAUUUAUAUACCUACUUCUUAGCCGUCUUCAUCUUUUCCAGGUAAUUUAUUUGUCCUGACUUCCGAUUUUCUGUUGGACGAGAAAAUGAAUGAAUCGAAUCAGUAGAUUACCUCGGUGUAAUAACUAACCUUUAUCGGUUCUUUCCCCCAGAUAAAUUUAAGGCGAAGAGAUCCAAUUGUGGCAACCAUUUAAUUAGUUUUAUUAUCCGUAUUAUCUAUAACUAGCUUUUUUCGUGAUUUUUAUUAUUAAUUAUAUUGGAUUAUAAUUUAAAAAAAAGAGCUGACACUGCUGAUAGGUGAGUGUCACUAUUGUAGGCAGAAUGAUAGGAUACAUUAAUUUAUUUAAUUUACAGGUAUUCGUAUGUAAUGGUAAAUCACAAAAUACGAUUUUGAGCAACGUUCGGUUGUAAAUGUUUUAAAAUUUUGUAAUUUUAAGGAUUUUCGUAAAAAUUUGAACUUAAUGGCAUAUAAAAAAAAAAAAAACUGUAUGACUGAUCAUUUUUUGUGGAUCAUAUGCAACUUAUGAUGGACCUUGUAUUUUCUACGAUUUCCAUUCAAAUUUUAAUUUUAAUAAAUGAAUCGAUAAUAACAAAACCGUUAUUUUCUUAAAUUUUCCCAUUUUGUUACGUUUUAAUCACUAUUGUCUCAGUAAUUGAAAAUAAACCAUUCUCUUAAAAACUCACUAGAAAAAAUUUUCUUUCGAAAAAGAUGUUAAACUUGAAUUUUGGAGCAUGAUUUCUGGUAGAAAAACAAAAUUCACAAUAAUGAUUUUUACUGUCAUACAUUUAUCCAAUUUUCCUAUACUCUUUCUGGUUUUUCAUAAUUAUUAUGAAAAUUGAUUGAUUUGAAUAUCAAAAAAUAUUCAAUUUACCGACUAGAUUCAUAAUGCAAAAAAACAGCUCUCUUACUAUUCAUACGAUAAACUUUACAAAUGGGCUGUACGAAUUUGUAAAAAAAAAAGAAAGUUAAAUGAGUCAACAAAGAAAAUAAUUUUCUCGUACCUUUGGGACAGCUUACUAUACUGAGGAAACGAAAAGAACAAUAAAUUAUUAAAGUUGAAUGUGAUAGCAAAUUAUAGCUUGGUCCCACUUACACUAAUAUAAUACACAGGUGUCCCACCAUAUUCGAUGGAUUUUUCUAUAGCUGUUAAUAUUUAAUUUUUUUUUCAUUCUGCUUUUCUUUGAGGAGGAUAUCUGUUUAGAGAAAAACUAAAUUCUUAUUUUCAUCCCCUAACAUCUAAAAAAUAAUAAUUUAAUUAUACUUUUAAAAAUUAUAAAAUAUGAUUAAAUAAUUUAUUAAUUUUUCAAAAUUAAAGAUAUCAUUCUAAAUAGUGUAAUUUAUUAAACAUUUAUUUCCAGUUAAUAGCUUCUUAGUAACAACCGUUUUAAUUUCUAACAUUUUCAAUUUAUGACACAAUAAAUCAAAUAUUAUUCUCUAUUUAUCUAGAAAUUAAAAUAGCUAUUAUUAAAAAAGGCUUUUAUGGCGUGAAAUAUGACUGUUUAUUUAGGAUAUUAUAUUGGCCUGGAACUGGGACAAUCCUGAUUGCCUUUCAUUUUUAUUAUUAUCAUUAUUUUUAUUAGCUUUUUUUGAUGUGAUUCCAUAGGCUACAGCCUAUGAUGCUUGUGCUCAAAUACAGCCCUGGUGUGAAAGCACAACGUAUGUGAUGUACACAAUGAUACUGCUGGAAGGCACAAUAAAAAAAAAUACAUAAACAACAACUGGGCGGCUCGAUUCUUAUCGGUUCCCGUGGAUUUCGUAUAGUGAUUGUGCAGCGUUACUACGUCGUCAGUACGUCAGUAUGCCUCUGAAAUAUAGUUUUUCGAUUGGACAGAGAUUCUUGGUAAAAAGUUGUUAAUAGACAGAAAAAAAAGAACACACAUCAUAGUAAAAUUCACAUACUCCUCGCUGCAUUUACAAUUUAAAAUUAAAUACGACAUGUGACGACUAUCUUGUCUGUGCCUUUUUAAUAAACGGAAAAAAAAAAUCUAUUGCUCGGAGAUUCGAUCGAUGCCAGGAAUCUACUUUGCAAUAAUGUGUUCGUUCUCCGAAUAAAUAAAUAACGUAUUGUCGAGGCAUUUGUUCAUUUAGUCGGCGUGCGGCUUUAAUAAUAAGUUAUAGCGAUACCGGAGUAAAAGAAAACAAUUGGCCCACACGUGUGUGUAGCAAUUUAAAAGUUUUUAACUAUUUAUAGAAACCAUACAGAGAGAUAUUGCAGAUUGAGUCGUCAAUAAUUUGUUUCCAUCGGUCGAAAAGUUUUAUAGACGUUUUGUUCAUAAACCUAUUUUACGCAGCAUUCGAAAACAAAGUUUUUUUUCUCUUUCUCUUUUCAGAUCAGAGGCACUUCAGUUCAGCACUUCAUUCGUUUAUUCACGUGGUUCGCAUUUUGAAAUAUUAUUUAGUAUUAAAACAACAACCGCAGGGGGUACUCAAAAUUGUAAUAUUGUAUUACUCGCAAAAUAAUAAUAUUAUAAGUACACGUGUAAAUAUGAUCUAAUAUAAAAUAUGACGCACACCAGCGGAUUUUCAAUGUUUUUCUAGAAGGAUACUGAAAAUUCAUAUGAAUUUCAAAGCUACAUUGUUUCGAAUUUAUAUGCCUGUUUUUUAGACGAUAUUUUAUUAAAAUUAUAUCGGUGUCUGGGGGUGGGGGGAGUUCACUAACCUUUCUGGAACCCUCUCCCUUUUGUAAAUUGUAUAAAGAAAACUGAUACAUUGUCCGGAAAAACAUAAUAUUGUAAUUACUAUGUAUAUAUAAACAAGCCCGGAUUAAGAUGAUUUUGGAUCUGGAGCCAAACAAUUUUCGGGGCCCAUAAUCAAUAUAAUCAAAAUAUUGCAAAUAUCUAAAUAUAUUUAAGAGAUCGUCCUGAUCAUCCCGUUAAAAAAAUAUGAUAUUAUUACGAUAGCAUAAAUAAUAAUAAUAUAUCCUUUAUCUGUAAUAUAUUGUAGGAAACGUAUUACCCACCAUAGCCUGGCAUCUGAGGCCAUGGCACCCUCUGGUCCCUUUUUAAUCCGAACCUGGAUAUAAGUAUUAAUUCGUUAGAACAAAUAAAUGGGAAAUUUUAAUGUUAUAAUGACGUCGGUUUAAAAACCACGAGACUAAUCACGGAUAUGUACACACAAAAGCAAGAAUUGCAAGAAACGCGUUAGCCAGUGCAUUUUUAAUGUCUUGGGAAGUUGGGAUAUACGUUAAAUUUUGUUUGUCAACAUUUUUUCCGUACGGAAUCGCGUACAAAUCGUGUACAAUAAUUUAUCGGACAUCGUACCGCCGAUGCAUUAUACGGAUUUGGAGUGAUGACGAUAUGUGACGAAACUACUAUAUAUAUAUUGUUAUCUUUCUGACGGCCUUAUCGAAGACGUCUGAUUUAUUUGCUCGAUGUUUUUUGUUCCAUAAAAGAGUAUACGAAUUAUUGUAUAACGUUGUGCAACGUAAACAUUAUCUGCAACACACUUGCGGAACGAUCUCUAUUACGUAUUCGGAUAUUUUUUCUUGUAUAUUAUAUUAAAAUACAAUAUCAUCAAAAUGCUAUCACGAUUUGUAAACAUUUUAACACAUUUUUUAACAUAUUAUUAUAGUGGUUUUUUUUUUUUUUUUUUGUGCCUACUUUUCUAAAAUACACGAUCGAUUUGUAUUUCUCCUAUAUUAUAUCAAAUGAAUUAUAUUUGUACUUUACAAAAACGUAUUAUUGGGAGUAUUGUCAGUUUCAAAAGCGUGCAAAAUUGGCACCUGGAACUCAGGAAAUUACAACAAACUGAAUCUGAUAGUAUUUUUCAAAUUGACACUAAGUGUUCACUUUUUGAUUUUGUGUAAGAAAAAAAAAAAAAAAAAAAAAAAUGCUCGAUUUUUUCAAAAUAUAUUAUAAAAUAUAUUUUAUACUUUGUGGGCCUUUUUACGUUUUAUCGGAUAGAUAUCGUAAUAUUAUAGUUAUAUAAUAUACUAGCUGAUCUGAAAUGCAUAUUGCUAUAAAAUAGUGUAAAUAAUAAUAAUAAUAGUUUUUUUGUCCGUGACAACUAAAUUGUUAUCCACGUCACCAAGAUAGCACAUGAAUAAACAAAUAAUAAGAUACUCGUAUGAACUGUUUAUAUAAAUUCUACCAGAAAUUUCGCUCUGAAGUAUUAAGUAUAGCAUCUUUUCUGAAAGAGAAUUUUCCUGGGGGGGGGAUUUUCAGAAUGCCAUUUUUUAAGUUUCCUUCAAGAAGUUUUCCCAAUAAAUGGAAAAAACCGGGGAAAAAAAUAGAUAAAAUGGGAAAAAGUACGAAAUAUUUUAUCUAAAAAUCGCAAAUAUCACAGUGUUUUAAAAAAAUGUUCUUAUCAGAUGCUUAGGUCAUACCAACUCCCUACUUGUAUGCCAAAUUUUAGCCCGAUCCAUUCAAUAGUUUGAGCUAGGCGAUGAUGAAUCAGUCAGUCGGGACAUGUAUAAUAAUCUAUAAUUUAAUAAAUAAUGAUGAUUAAAAUAUAAAUAUAUUUUGACGUUUGUCGUACGAUGAAUGCUAACUAUAGUUACAAUUUUUAAUACCAGAGUGCGAUAUGAAUAUUUUAUAAUAAUUCCAAAUGUACCGAAGUUAUUAUUAUUUAUUAUUAUUAUAAAUAUAUUUAAUCAGGUUAUCGUGUAAGGUGGCCGCCGAAACUCUAGGGGUCUAUAUUCCAUUACCACUAUACCAGCAAAAUAUCGAAUAAUAGGUCCAAUGUUAAUAGUGGGUAGUGGAGUGGAAUUGUGGUCACGGCGAAGGGACUCGUCAUAAUAUAGUGUUAGUCUGGCGUCUGCGGUCAGUUUAUGGUCGACAUCAUGUUUAUAAGUGUUUGUUAUUGAUUUAAAUUAAGUAUAACCAAAUUUGAAGAAAUAAACUUAUUGUUUUGGUGAAAGGAAAGUUAGGAAGUUAUAGGAUUCAUCCCAUGCUUGUGCGGAGCUCAGUUUACUGGACAUUUAUUUAUUUAUUAAAACAUAUUCAAAAAAGCUCUUUAGUACAAAUUAAAUAACAUUAUAGUAUUAUAGUAAAUAUUAGAAAACAUAAAUAACAUUAUGGAAUAAAAAUGAAAAACUUAAAAAUACCUUAAAAUGAAAAGUGGAGUCAGUAUUGAUAUGAGUCACCAAACAUCUUAUAGUUUCAUUUCUCGUGUAGUUGAUGGUGCUUAAAGGUAUGAGAAUCGCAGAAAAGAAACGAGAAGGUUGUUAUAGAACUUUAAUGUUAAUUAAGGAAAAUAAGGAUCGUGAAUCAACAUUGUCUAUUAAUAAGUCUUCUUGAAAUUUGGUCCUAAAAAAUACCUGUGCUCUACUUAUAAGACUAAACCAAGAUUGGUAACAGGGUAAUAAUAAUGUGGCGAACAAGUAACAUCUAAAAAGUAAUUAAUGAAUUUCAAAAAUCUUCAUUAAACCUUUUUCAGUUGUAGAACGUUAUCAGUUGUAUACUUGAAUGAGGUACCAUAUUCGAGUAUAGGCCGAACUAUCGUGCAGUUGAGAACUUUUAAUGAAGAUUUGAUCCUAAAAACUUUAGCUAACCUUAUAAAGUUAUAACAAUAAGUCUCCAAAAAAAAUAUAUGCAUAAAAUAUUAGUCGUAUAUUUAGUCGUAUAUUAGUCGUAAUAUUAGUAAUAUUAGUCGUAUGAUUUGACCAACAAAAUAUAUUUAAGCAUAAUUAUUAUUAAUAUUAAAUGUUUGCAAAUGGGCAUAAGAAAAUUAGUUUAUAUAUUUUUUUUUUCAGUUCACAAAUGUGAGGAAGUGACAGUUUUAACUGUAGAUAUAUAACAUACACAUUUACCUCAAUGUUUAAUUACUUAUCAUUACUUAUAAUUACUUAAUGAAUAACUUUAAAUGUUUAUUGUUUAGAAACUAUCCAUUGGAGAUAGGCUUGGCCCAGUGACUUAACCAUGAAUACAUUUAUAUUUUUAUUCUAAUAAGCACAAUAACUCCGCAACAAUCAAUAAGAAGCUCCUCGUUCACUUUUCUCUGGUAAAUAUACCAAACAGUCGACUAACGCAAAAUAACAAUUUAAUCAUUGUAUGUAUUAUUAUUACAGUCUCCCAUCCAUUGGAGAUCGAGAAAAUCUCCAACGAACUGGAAGAAGUGAAGCCUGUACCGGCAGCUUUCACUGCCACAUCCCAUUGUGCACAUUUUACUUAA